GUUGACGUACCGAUUUUUCCACCAUAUGACAUCAAACUGUGAUCAAAACAAUUCAACAUCUGAGCGAAAGGUCAUUGAUUUUGUCAAGACAAUUCCAAAGUUGGCUACUUAAAGAAAACCUUCGGUUUUCCACGAAGAUUUCCCGUUUCCAUCCAUUGGAAGAGGUGCGCUGCUGCAUUGCUGAGCGGAAACAGCCCAGCUAUGAGCUUUCUCUUUGGGAGCCGUUCAUCCAAAACAUUUAAGCCAAAAAAGAAUAUACCCGAAGGAACCCAUCAGUAUGAAUUGAUGAAGCAUGCUGCAGCCACAUUGGGCUCUGGCAAUCUGCGACUUGCAGUUAUGCUACCAGAAGGGGAAGAUCUGAAUGAAUGGGUUGCGGUGAACACUGUGGACUUCUUCAAUCAAAUCAACAUGCUCUAUGGGACUAUAACAGAAUUCUGCACAGAGGACAGUUGCCCAAUCAUGUCUGCCGGUCCGAAGUACGAGUACCAUUGGGCGGACGGCCACACCGUUAAGAAGCCCAUCAAAUGUUCGGCACCUAAAUACAUUGAUUAUUUAAUGACUUGGGUGCAGGACCAGUUGGACGACGAGACUCUCUUCCCUUCGAAGAUCGGCGUUCCAUUUCCGAAAAACUUCCAAUCCAUAGCCAAGACAAUCCUGAAACGUUUGUUCAGGGUGUACGCCCACAUUUACCAUCAGCACUUCAGCGAAGUGGUGCAACUGGGAGAGGAGGCGCAUCUCAACACCUCAUUCAAGCACUUUAUUUUCUUCGUGCAGGAGUUCAGCUUGAUCGAGAGGCGAGAACUGGCGCCACUGCAAGAACUCAUCGACAAAUUGACCGCGAAAGAGCAGCGAUAAAGCAAAAUCGAUUCGCGAAUUAAUUAUGCUUCAUAUUUGCACUAUAGGGAUAUGGAUCAUGGUUGGCUGUUCGGGGAUGUUUAAGCAUCUUCCAUGCCCCUGUCGGUUUUGUUAAAUGGGUCUGCAGCCUUGGAUUUAUGACAAUGUGUAGCUGUAUCCUCACAUAAAGCGAUAGUAGAACAUCUAGGGCACAGUAUCAUACAGGGUGUAACAUGUUUGGUCUCGUAGAUAAGUAUUAACGUUCAUUUUGUUUCCAUUGUUAAGCAUUUCGAAUUUGUCCCAACUCCGCCUUGGUUUCUAUGUAGGGGCAUUGCCUUGGAUGAAGACGUGGCUAUGCGCACUAGAAUACCCAAUCGAAAGAAUAUUAUACUAGAGAUGUGUAUUUUUCAUACAUUUCAUAAAAAAUCAAAUAUUUUCACACAUUCGCAUUCUUCGGUAAGUACUGUACUACUUUGGUUUGCUGAUGACUAGUUUAAGCCUAUACAUACACAUAGUGAUAUAAUUUUUGUACGAUUCUUUUUAAGUGAUCGCUUAGCACGCGGUUUUUAGUUGACUAUUAUACGUAGAAAGCGAUAAGUUUUUGUCAAAGGCUAUGAUCAUUUUACUGUUAUUAUUUGUAAAUAUUUUAUUAAAACCUUAUUACAACUGGA